AUGCGAAUAGAUGAUGUAUCUUCACACAGUUCAUGCAAUAAACUUAUCAAGUCAGUUCAGUUCCAGGCUCAUGUAACAAUCAUGCAGUCUUGGAAAUCGUUUCUACGUUAUGUUAGCAAAUUAGCGUACUCUGAAAUUCGAAAUUUUGCAACCGCGUAUAAAGGUGCACCACGAGUAGCUGUAGUUGGGAGUGGUCCUGCAGGCCUGUUCACGUGCUCAUCACUGUUGCGACGCAUACCCGAUGGCAAAAUAGAUGUAUUCGAUUCUGCGCCAGUUCCGUUUGGUCUUGUACGAUAUGGUGUUGCUCCCGAUCAUCAAGAUGUAAAAAAUUGCACCAACAUCUUCGAUAAAAUGUUCGAGACAAAUAAGGAUCGCAUCGCCUUGUUUUGCAAUGUAAAGAUAGGAUCUGAUCUAACCAUGAAAGAGCUGACACGGCACUACGAUGCUGUGUUACUUGCCUACGGAGCCCAUCAGCCACGCAAACUUCUUGUUCCCGGAGCCGAAUCUACCAAUGUGAUCUCAGGAUCUGCAUUUGUCUCUUGGUAUAAUGGCGUCCCCAAUGCCAAGGUUCCUGCCGGCCCCUUGUUGGACGAUCCUGAUGUAAUUAUUGUUGGUAAUGGGAAUGUAGCUUUGGAUUGCGCGCGUGUUCUAUCAACAGCAAAAUGGCUUCGAACGACCGACAUUCCUACAGAAGUAGUCACGAUAUUAGAGAAUUCAAAAGUCAGGAGCAUAAAAAUUGUUGGAAGGCGAGGUCCUCAAGACGUAUCAUUCACUACCAAAGAGCUCAGAGAGCAGUUUAAAGUACCUGAGUGGAACACAACAGUUGAAAUGGAUGAAGAAGAGGUAAAAAGCUUGAAAGAAGCUGCCUCCGCUAUGCCGCGGCGUCGAAAACGGCUCAUGAAUGUACUAUUGGAUGGAGUCAGACCACCAGAGGGCGAAAGGCAAUGCAGAUUUCUCAACUACCGUGAAGUUAAGGAAGUGAUACCAGAUCAAAGUGGUCGUGUGUCAGCUGUAAAAUUCUACAAUAAACGUAAGGAUGAGGAAGAAGUUAUUCCUUGUGGGCUUCUGAUAUAUAGCAUAGGCUAUCAAACGUAUGUCAUUGAUGGAUUACCCAAAACUGAGGAGGGUAGGCUAGCGAUGAAAAAUAAUUUUCGAGUGGACAUGCCAUGUGGAUCUUUCGUAUAUGCCGUUGGAUGGUGCGCGCAUGGUCCGCGAGGUGUCAUUGUGGACACACAACAAGACUCACUAAAUGUCGCAGAACAAAUGAUGAAGGAUUUUUCUACGAGAACAGACGUUACAGGUUCUCUGCACGGCGCAAGAGCGUUAUUGGACUCGCGACAUGUGAACUACCUGACUUGGGCUGAAUGGAAGAAGAUUGAUGAAUUGGAAUUGAAACAAGGUCAAGAGAAGGGGAAGGUUGUUGAUUGGAUCUUGUUGUUUACCGAUGCUGUUCUUGCUCAAUCUAUAUGCUGUAUGGCUUCGCUAGAAUCGAAAUUAUUGGAUGGGAGGAAUGUGGGCUACUGCAGCAGCUCAGAUGAGGAGGAUAGUGACUGGAAAGUGGCAAACGAUGAAGACGAACACCAAAAUAAUGCUAUGCGUCGUUUGGGACCAAGUUCAAACACAGGAGCCAAAGGUGUUCUGCGUGAAUUCGCCGCUCAGAAAGAAGCAGCUGAGAGGACUAAUAGGGCGAAACUUAGAGAGUUGUCAGAGUUGUCAAAAAGGGGGACCCUUGAGAUGUCCAAAGAAGAACGCGAACAAGCCCAAGCAGAAGAUAGCUUAGAAAAUCUUCGCCAACGUCGAUUCAUGGAGUUGAGAAAAGCUGCAGCAGGGAAAAUCCUGGAGAUUACGGAUAAGGACCAAUUCACGAAAGCGAUUGAUGGUUGUGAGAAUAUGCUCUGCGUUUUGCUUUAUGAGCCGGAGGACGAGAUGUGUCAGAAGAUGACCCAUAUUUGCAAGCUGCUGGCUGCAGACUUUCCUCGGGUGAAGUUCAUCCGAGCUAAAAGUACCCUACUAGGAAUGAGCAAGGCCUUUACAGAGCAAGCGUUACCAGCACUGCAAUUUUAUUUGAAUGGGGAGUUAGUUGGCAAUUUUAUCCGACUGCCGUCUGUUUUGGGCGAAGAAUUUGAUGUGAACAUUGUAAAACAGUUCUUGAGAAGGCAGCACAUUGAUUUGGUUCAUGGCAAUUACACUAGCGACUUGGAAUCUACGGAUGAGGAGGCGGAGUGAUAAUGUAUUUAUUGAUCUUCUCUAACAAGCGAUCUCAAGCUUUCAUGCUUUAUGUCACAUUUUGCCUGUAUGCUCCUCUUAUUUGUUUUUUCUUACCUGUUUGGUUUCGCUUUCUUGUAUAAACUCUAGUCUCAUGGGUUAUGCUCAGCAUGUCUACCAAUAAUAACUAUAAACAUCUCAACC